AAAUAUAUGCAGACAGAAUCAGAAAGGAACUCAGUCAUCACAGCAGGUUUCUGUGCAUCAUGUCGAUCUUGAAAAAGGUGUUGCUUCUUUUAUCCGUGGUACCGAUGGCCCUGAGCUACCCUUUCUUCCCACCAACCUGCUACUCCAAGGCUCUCAACAUGGCACGGGAGCUCACCCAGAUGGCAGCUGAUUUGAGGAUUGGCUAUGAAACCGGUCACUGUAUGGCGCAUAUGCCAGAACUCUACCUUGAUAUACAUAAUGCCUGUGUGAUGUACAAAAUGAGGGACUACAUCUCCCUGGUGGAAGACCUGAGACUGCGGCGCUGUGGUUACACCAGAGAAGUGAGGAAGCUGGAAGUCACUCUGCGGCAGCUCUUCAUCGUCAUGGGAGAGAAAUGCCAUGGGGACCUGGUGUUUACUAUCUAUGACUGUGCUGCGCUGGAGCGUCCAAACAAUCAAUACUGAAAUUCUACCGUUCUUGUCUGUCCAAAGGGAACUUAAAGAAGUGGAAAAGUCAAAGUUGUUAUGUAUUUCUUUUUACAUUGUGUUACAUUACACAACACAUGAUUUCUUUCAAGGAAUUGUUAUAAGACUGUGUUGAUUUUACAUAAAAAGUGUAAUGUUUCUUACUGUUACAAUAUAACAUAAAGCUAACAAAGAUUAUUUAAAUGUUCUUUUUGCAGUGCCUUGCAAAAGUAUCAGUUUUUCUUUUACACUUUUUUGCAUUUUGUCACUUGCAACAUCUAACCUAAAUGCAUGGUUUUCAAUAUGUUUUUUUUCACAAUGAAAAUCUAAAAAUUGCAUUUACAUCCAGCAUUUCUCUGAUCUUCUGUUCAAUAACUCAACAACUUCAGUUCCAUCAGAUAGUGUAAAAAGCUAGUGUUCAUCAGUUUUCAUCUCAUUUAUUUGAUAUUUAUUUGUUUCGAGGAUAACCCUUUGGAAUACAGCCUCUCAUUUUCAAGGGGAUCAUUGAGACAUAAUGGUAUAUAGUAAGUCUGAAUGGAUAUGUAGGGUCAUUGUUCUGCUUAAAAGCACAUGUUUACUCUCAGGAAUGGCCCUAAUUUAGUUCAAGUUAAUGCUGACCAGCUUUUCUGUCCCUGCUGAAGAAAACAUUUACACAUUGUGAUGCAACCAUUAUCAUGUUGGACUGUGUCCAGGGUUGUUUAGAUCUCCCCACGAGACAAAGAAGAGCACAGUGGGAAAUAGCCUAUUUAACACAACUUCUGAAGGACCUUCAACAUUGCUCUCAACAUUUCUCUCCAGGAGACUUUGAAUCAUUUGUAGGAGCAAAACUGAUGACGACUCUGACAGGUGAUCGUUACUUUAGCAAGCUAAAACCAAAUUACGUGCCAACAGUUUUUGUCCACAAAGCGCCUAUACCCAACUAACAAGAAUGCAUU